AUGGAGCCCUGGUCCAGGUGGAAAAUGAAACGAUGGGUCUGGAAUCUCACCAUCUCAACCAUCGCCUUGACUUUCCUCUUCCAAGCCAGAGAGGUCAGAGGAGCUGCUCCAGUUGAUAUACUAAAAGCACUAGAUUUUCACAAUUCUCCAGUGGGGAUAUCUAAAACAACAGGAUUUUGUACAAACAGAAAGAAUUCUAAAGAUUCAGAUAUUGCUUACAGAGUUACAGAGGAAGCACAAAUCAGUGCCCCAACGAAACAGCUAUUUCCAGGUGGAACUUUUCCUGUAGAUUUUUCAAUACUAUUUACAAUAAAACCCAAAAAAGGAACCCAAGCUUUCCUUUUAUCAAUAUAUAAUGAACACGGUAUUCAGCAACUUGGUGUUGAGGUUGGGAGAUCACCUGUCUUUCUGUUUGAAGACCACAAUGGGAAACCCAGCCCUGAAGACUAUCCCCUGUUCUCAACAGUUAACAUCGCUGAUGGGAAGUGGCAUCGGGUCGCAAUCAGUGUGGAGAAGAAAACUGUGACAAUGAUUGUUGAUUGUAAGAAGAAAAUCACAAAACCUCUCGAUAGAAGCGAGAGAUCAAUAGUCGAUACCAAUGGAAUCAUGGUGUUUGGAACAAGAAUUUUAGAAACAGAUGUUUUUCAGGGUGAUAUUCAGCAGUUCUUGAUCACUGGUGACCCCAAGGCAGCAUAUGACUACUGUGACCAUUACAGUCCAGACUGUGACUCAACAUCCAAGGCUGCUCAAGCUCAGGAGCCACAGAUAGAUGAGUAUGCACCUGAGGAUAUAAUCGAGUAUGACUAUGAGUAUGGGGAAACAGACUAUAAAGAGAUUGAGAGUAUAACAGAGAUACCCACUGUCAUUGAAGAAACAGUAGCCCAAACAGAGGCAAAUAUUGUGGAUGAUUUUCAGGACUACAACUAUGGAACAAUGGAAACUUACCAGACAGAGUCUCCUAGGCGCUUAUCAGGAUCAAAUGAGCCAAAUCCAGUUGAAGAAGGUUUUACUGAAGAAUAUCUAACUGGAGAGGAUUAUGAUGUCCAGAGAAACAUUUCUGAGGAUAUUCUAUAUGGAAACAAAGGAGUAGACGGCAGGGACUCUGAUCUGCCAGUAGAUGGAGAUUUAGGCGAAUAUGAUUUUUAUGAAUACAAGGAAUAUGAAGAAAGGACAACAAUCUCCCCUAAUGAAGAAUUUGGCCCAGGUGUUCCAGCAGAAACUGAUUUCACAGAAACAAGCAUAAAUGGCCAUGGCACAUAUGGAGAGAAAGGUCAGAAGGGGGAACCAGCUGUGGUUGAACCUGGGAUGCUUGUUGAAGGACCACCUGGGCCAGCAGGACCAGCAGGUCUUAUGGGUCCUCCAGGUCAACAAGGCCCUUCUGGGCCCCCCGGUGACCCUGGUGAUAGGGGCCCCCCAGGACGUCCUGGCUUACCAGGGGCUGAUGGUCUACCUGGUCCUCCUGGAACCAUGUUGAUGUUACCAUUCCGCUAUGGGGGUGACAGUUCCAAAGGACCAGUGGUCUCUGCACAGGAAGCUCAAGCUCAGGCGAUACUUCAGCAGGCUCGGAUUGCUCUGAGAGGCCCACCUGGCCCAAUGGGUCUAACUGGAAGACCAGGUCCUGUGGGGGGUCCUGGUUCAGCUGGAGCCAAAGGUGAGAGUGGGGAUCCAGGUCCCCAGGGCCCUCGAGGUGUGCAAGGUCCACCUGGUCCAACAGGAAAACCUGGAAAGAGGGGCCGUCCAGGUGCGGAUGGAGGACGAGGGAUGCCAGGAGAACCUGGAUCUAAGGGAGACAGAGGAUUUGAUGGACUUCCAGGUCUUCCAGGUGACAAAGGUCAUAGGGGAGAAAGAGGCCCACAAGGUCCCCCUGGCCUUCCUGGUGAUGAUGGAAUGAGGGGAGAAGAUGGGGAGAUCGGGCCCAGGGGUCUUCCAGGUGAAGCUGGUCCACGAGGCUUGCUGGGACCACGGGGAACUCCAGGACCUCCUGGGCAGCCUGGUAUCGCAGGUAUAGAUGGCCCACAAGGACCUAAAGGAAACAUGGGUCCUCAAGGGGAGCCUGGACCUCCUGGUCAGCAAGGGAAUCCAGGACCUCAGGGUCUUCCUGGUCCACAAGGCCCUAUUGGCCCUCCUGGUGAAAAGGGACCACAAGGAAAGCCAGGACUUGCUGGGCUUCCAGGUGCUGAUGGGCCUCCGGGUCACCCUGGAAAAGAAGGCCAGUCUGGAGAAAAGGGGGCCCUGGGUCCUCCUGGUCCACAGGGGCCUAUUGGCUAUCCUGGUCCCCGUGGAGUAAAGGGCGCAGAUGGUGUCAGAGGUCUCAAGGGAUCUAAAGGUGAAAAGGGUGAAGAUGGCUUUCCAGGGUUCAAAGGUGACAUGGGGCUUAAAGGUGACAGAGGAGAAGUGGGACAAGUUGGCCCAAGAGGAGAAGAUGGCCCUGAGGGCCCCAAAGGCCGUGCAGGCCCAACUGGAGACCCAGGACCCUCUGGUCAAGCAGGGGAGAAGGGGAAACUUGGGGUUCCAGGAUUGCCGGGAUAUCCAGGAAGACAAGGUCCUAAGGGCUCCACUGGAUUUCCUGGAUUUCCAGGUGCCAACGGGGAGAAAGGUGCCCGGGGAGUUGCUGGCAAACCAGGCCCCCGCGGUCAACGUGGUCCAACGGGUCCUCGAGGUUCCAGAGGUGCCAGAGGUCCUACAGGGAAACCUGGGCCAAAGGGUACUUCAGGCGGUGAUGGCCCUCCUGGCCCUCCAGGUGAAAGAGGCCCUCAAGGACCUCAGGGUCCAGUUGGAUUCCCUGGACCAAAAGGACCCCCUGGCCCCGCUGGGAAGGACGGACUACCAGGACACCCUGGGCAGCGUGGAGAGACUGGAUUUCAAGGCAAGACCGGUCCCCCUGGGCCAGGAGGUGUGGUUGGACCUCAGGGACCAACUGGGGAGACUGGUCCAAUAGGUGAACGUGGGCAUCCUGGACCUCCUGGUCCUCCUGGUGAGCAAGGACUUCCUGGUGCUGCAGGAAAAGAAGGUGCAAAGGGUGACCCAGGCCCUCAAGGUAUCUCAGGGAAAAGUGGACCAGCAGGAAUACGUGGUUUCCCAGGUGAAAGAGGUCUUCCUGGAGCCCAGGGUGCACCUGGACUGAAAGGAGGAGAAGGUCCCCAAGGCCCACAGGGUCCAGUUGGCUCUCCGGGAGAACGAGGCUCUGCAGGCACAGCAGGGCCAAUUGGCUUGCCAGGCCGUCCAGGUCCCCAGGGCCCUCCCGGUCCAGCUGGAGAAAAAGGUGCUCCUGGAGAGAAGGGUCCUCAAGGCCCUGCAGGUAGAGAUGGAAUCCAAGGCCCUGUGGGUCUCCCUGGGCCUGCUGGGCCUGCUGGCUCUCCUGGUGAGGAUGGAGACAAGGGUGAAAUUGGAGAACCAGGCCAAAAGGGCAGCAAAGGUGACAAAGGCGAAAAUGGCCCUCCUGGUCCCCCAGGUCUUCAAGGACCUGUUGGUGCCCCUGGGAUUGCUGGAGGAGAUGGUGAGGCAGGUCCCAGAGGACAGCAGGGAAUGUUUGGACAAAAAGGUGAUGAGGGGGCACGAGGUUUCCCAGGACCUCCUGGACCCAUAGGUCUUCAGGGGUUGCCAGGGCCACCAGGCGAAAAGGGUGAAAAUGGAGAUGUUGGACCCAUGGGUCCACCAGGUCCUCCUGGCCCACGAGGCCCUCAAGGUCCCAAUGGAGCUGAUGGACCACAAGGACCCCCAGGCUCUAUUGGUUCUGUUGGAGGUGUGGGAGAAAAGGGUGAACCUGGAGAAGCUGGGAACCCCGGGCCCCCGGGUGAAGCUGGCUCAGGUGGUCCCAAAGGAGAGAGAGGAGAGAAAGGAGAAGCUGGGCCCCCUGGUGCUGCUGGUCCUGCUGGUGCUAAAGGGCCACCAGGUGAUGAUGGCCCCAAGGGGAAUCCGGGACCUGUUGGUUUUCCUGGAGAUCCCGGUCCACCUGGGGAACCUGGCCCUGCAGGGCAAGAUGGUGUCGGAGGUGACAAGGGUGAAGAUGGAGAUCCAGGGCAACCGGGUCCUCCUGGUCCAUCCGGUGAGGCUGGCCCACCAGGUCCUCCUGGAAAAAGAGGUCCUCCUGGGGCUCCAGGUUCAGAAGGAAGGCAAGGUGAAAAAGGUGCUAAGGGAGAAGCUGGUGCUGAAGGACCUCCUGGGAAAACUGGCCCUGUUGGACCUCAGGGUCCUUCUGGAAAGCCUGGUCCAGAAGGUCUUCGAGGAAUCCCUGGUCCUGUGGGAGAACAAGGACUCCCCGGUGCUGCUGGACAAGAUGGACCCCCUGGUCCUCUGGGACCUCCUGGUUUACCUGGUCUCAAAGGUGACCCUGGCUCCAAGGGUGAAAAGGGACAUCCUGGAUUAAUUGGAUUGAUUGGCCCUCCAGGAGAACAAGGGGAGAAAGGUGACAGAGGACUCCCUGGGACUCAAGGUUCUCCAGGAGCCAAAGGGGAUGGGGGCAUCCCAGGUCCUGCUGGUCCCAUAGGCCCUCCUGGUCCUCCUGGAUUACCAGGUCCUGCUGGCCCGAAGGGUAACAAAGGAUCUUCUGGACCUACUGGCCAGAAGGGUGACAGUGGUCUGCCAGGGCCUCCUGGGCCUCCAGGUCCUCCUGGAGAAGUCAUCCAGCCAUUACCGAUUUUGUCACCUAAAAAGACAAGAAGACAUACUGAAAGCAUUCAGUCUGAUGCAGGGGAUAAUAUUAUUGAUUAUGCAGAUGGAAUGGAAGAAAUAUUUGGUUCCCUGAAUUCUCUGAAACAAGACAUUGAACAUAUGAAGUUUCCAAUGGGUACACAGAGCAAUCCAAGCUCAUCAGUCAUGCUAAGAAUCAAAAGAUUAUUCCAGGAAAAGAGUGGCAAAGAUCUGCAGAAUUAUGAUGAAGCAGGGCCUCAUGUUUUUGUAAAACCAAAAAAUAGCUCACUGACACUAAGCAGUGGUGAAUAUUGGAUUGAUCCUAACCAAGGUUGUUCUGGAGAUUCCUUCAAAGUGUACUGUAAUUUCACAGCUGGUGGUGAGACGUGCAUCUAUCCAGACAAAAAAUCUGAGGGAGUAAGAAUUUCAUCAUGGCCAAAGGAGAAACCAGGAAGCUGGUACAGUGAAUUUAAGAGAGGAAAACUGCUUUCAUAUUUAGAUGUGGAAGGCAAUUCCAUUAAUAUGGUGCAAAUGACAUUCCUGAGACUCUUGACUGCUUCUGCCCGACAAAAUUUCACCUACCAUUGCCAUCAGUCAACUGCAUGGUUUGACAUGUCAUCUGCAAGUUAUGACAAAGCACUUAGGUUUCUGGGAUCUAAUGAUGAGGAGAUGUCCUAUGAGAACAACCCACACAUCAAGGCAUUGUAUGACGGCUGUGCGUCCAGAAAAGGCUAUGAAAAGACUGUGAUUGAGAUCAAUACCCCGAAAAUUGACCAGGUACCCAUCAUUGAUGUAAUGAUCAAUGAUUUUGGUGAUCAGAAUCAGAAGUUUGGAUUUGAAGUCGGUUCAGUUUGCUUUCUUGGCUGAGAUUUGGAUGAAGAGUGUGAAACCAACAGAAAAUACUUGUAACCAACCCAAUUCAUGCCACAUGCAAGUUUUGAAUAAGGACAGUAGGAAACAUGUGUUUAGGAGUCACUGAUGCCUGCUGGAGGCACAGUGAGAAGGAAGAAGUUUGAUAGUAGUAACAAUGUAAGAUAGUGUGGCUGAGAUGGCAACAGGGCUGAUUCUUGAUCGAAACCAUCAUCUCUCCUUUCCUAUUUGGAUUUCUUUGGUGCUGUAGAAAAAAAGAAGAAAAGAGAAAACUAUAUAUUCAUAAAAAAUUCAUGGUGCUCAUUCCCAUCCAUCAAAGAUAUAGUGAAAGUGUUUAAUAAAUUGUAAUUAUUUUAUGUACAGUUCUACACUGUCAUUCAUGUGUCCAUUUCCAAAACUUGCACGUGACUGAAUCCCACCUAGCUCUAACUUCAUGGCCAUUGUGGAACUGUGGUGACAAUAAAUAAUAGUGUUACAAAGACUGAAGCUGUAAUUUCUGAUGACUCUAAUUCCCUUUCUUUGAUUAAUAAUAAAAUGCCUUUGUAUAUGUUGAUGUUGAAGAGUUCAGUUAUUUGAUGUCACUAACAAAUUACACAGAGGGCCAAACCCAGACAUUCAGGAGCACACACCACAUUAGCUCUUAUUUGCUGAAUGUAACUUGUUUAAUUUCAGCCAAAAAAAUCACGUGUUUUAAUGCUUAAUUCAGUGCUAUACCUCAAAUAUUUUCUUCUCAGAACCCAGAUUUCACAGGAUACUUGUAUAUAUGGAAACGAGAAAGUUUAUAUUUUUGGACAGGAACAUAUGUAUGAAAAACUAUUUUAACAUCCACCCAGUAAAUAACUUUAUGUUCAAUUAUUUCUCUACUUCAUCUUCUCUCAUCUCCAGUAUGCUUAAAGCCAACUAAUACUAAACUAGGCAAAUGUUUGCAGAUCUGUGCAAUGUUAGAAUUUUGAACAAUGAACUUUUUGGGUCUGAUAUAAGUGGAAUAGUAAUAACAAUCCCAAAUAUUAUUUUAUUUGCCCAAAAAAUACAGCUCCUUCCUUUCUAAGAUAAUUAUAUUCAAAGUUUGACCAGCCUAGUAGCUAAAUACAUAUGGGUGGGCUGCUUUGAAAGGCAUAUUUAUUCAAACUAGUCAAGCCCCUCCUUUUCCCACUAAGGUAUUGUCUUUCACAUAGCUUGAAUUAGCAGUAAAACUUUAAAAAUCACCAACUGAACUUUGUAUCUAUUUUAAAUAAUAUAUGUAAGACUUGAAAAUAAAUGUUUUAUUAUAAUUUCUUUUAUGAAGUGUUAAAUUAAUUGAUACCAGAUUC